AUGGUCCACUAUGCUGAUAUGUAUGCAACAAUGGCAAAUGUUCGAUUUGACACAAAAGAGGAAGAGGAGAUUGAGUAUCACUCGGAUAAAAAGAGUUUGAAUAAUUCUCUAUUUUCUCGUAAACCUGAUCCAUCACUUGGAUAUGGUGUUAAAACAACUGAAAGCAACUUGUACAACGUUUUGAAGAAGUUUCUUAACAAUAAAAUAGUUCCAAUUUGUGGAGCCCAAGUAUUCAUAGCUGUAAAACGGUAUCCAAAUGAAUCUGACGUAUCUGACACCAUAUCCCAACUACGAGCCAAUCGUGUGACGGUGCGCAUAGCUGUCGACAGUAAUCCAUCGGGCGGUUCCAACUCUGCAACACUAUACGAAAUGUCACUGCAAACCAAUGGAUACUGUGUAUUUGCCAGCGGCAGAGACCUUGUUAAUGCUUUUGACGAGAUGACCUGGAUACUUGGCAAACCUUAUCAAUUCAUUGCUCGAAACUUUGUGGUUUCUGGAUCGGGUAGAAUCGAAAUACCGGUAUUCAAAACUUCUGUACCGAAUCAUACAGAAUAUAGUUUAUUUGCAAUAACUAUUCAAAACCACACACUUGACAAUUCAUUCGUAUCAAUGAAUUAUACAAUUGCGAGUACGGAUGGAUCUUAUGUUACUAAAUUUCCGGGUGACCAAUUGUACUCUCUCUAUGGAACUGCACAAUCAGGUGGGUUUCCUUUGAACGGAUCCCUCUUAUACAAAUGGACAAUUGACUAUCAUUAUGAUAACGAUGAGCCACAAGUCAUUCAGUUAAGAAUGUACAGUCAAUUGUGA